AUGGUGCCCCUGCUGCUGGUGCUGCUCCUACCCCUGUGCCGGGGGUCCCUGCAGCAGCAAGCAGGCUUUGAGCUCCAAAUGCAGGAAUCGGUGACAGUGUUUGAGGGUCUGUGUGUCCACGUGCCCUGCUCCUUCUCCUACCCGUGGAGUUCUUGGUCUUCCUCUGGCAACCUCUACACCUACUGGUACCGGGAUGGAAACAACCAAAAACGUGGUGCUCCUGUGGCCUCAAGCAACCCAAGUAAACCAGGGAAGGUAGAGACCAGAUACCGAUUCCUCCUCGCAGACCCCAAGACCAACAACUGCUCCCUGCAAAUCAAAGACGCCAGGAGGGAAUUAGAAUCCAAGAUGGCUGCUCAGGUAGACAAACCCCACAUCCACAUUCCGGAGCUGCUGGAGUCUGGACGCCCCACACAACUGACCUGCAGUCUGCCAGGGGACUGCAAAGGGGGACAACGUUUCAUCUUCUCCUGGGCGGGAGCCGCUGUGGACUCGCUGAACCCCCAGAACCUCAGCUCCUCGGUGCUCACCUUCACCCCGAGUCCCCGGGACCAUGGCACCAACCUCACCUGUCAGGUGAAACAGGAAUGGCGUCCGUUGAUCUCACAGAGAGCCAUCCGUCUCAAUGUCUCCUAUGCUCCUCAGAACCUCACCAUAGAUGUCUCCUUUAGAAAUGACACAGCCCUCAAGAUUCUGCAAACCACAUCCCUUCCCAUCUUGGAGGGAGAGGCACUGAGGCUGCUCUGUGUGGCUGACAGCAACCCCCCUGCCAAGCUGAGCUGGUUUCAGGGAUUCUCAGGCCUGAACACCACCCCCAUCUCCACCACCGGGAUCCUGGAGCUGCCUCGCGUGGGGCCUGCACAGGAAGGAGAGUUCACCUGCCAAGCUCAGCACCCGCUGGGCUCCCAAAGUGUCUCUCUCAGCCUCUCCGUGGUCUGGAAGGCGGUGCUCCAGGCGGGAGUAGUUCCUGCAGCUCUUGGAGGGGCUGGUGCCAUGGCUCUGCUGUCCCUAUGUUUGUGUCUCAUCUGCUUUUGCAUAGUGAAAGCCCGCAUGAGGCAAGCAGCCGGAAGACCAAAGGUCACGAAUGAUGAAGACCCUGUCAUGGGCCCAGUCACUUGGGGUUCUAAGAAAACUCUGCAGCCAGAUGGGCCCCCAGACCAAGUGUCACCUGCAGAGAAGGGCCCUCUGUCAGGGGAGCAACAGGAGCUCCACUAUGCCAACCUCACCUUUGAAGGCAUGAAGCCACGGGGGCCCCAGGACCAGGAGGCCACCAGCACCCACGAGUACUCAGAGAUCAAGCACACAGGCAAAUGA